CGCUUCCAACUUCCCGGAGAAGCACCCUCGCCCGUCCGGAGAUGCCGAAUCGCGUGCGUGCGUCGGAGCCGGACGUUAGAAUGUACCGCGCGAGAGUUUGCAGCUUCGCACCGGCGGGGCUGUGGCGCCAACGUCAGAACGACGCCACUCGGAUCUGCGCCAGACAGGAGUUGUGUGCGUGCGGCUACACUCGACACAGCGCCUAUGGCAGUGGUUCGCCCUUUCAUCUCAAAUUGUGACUCACGCGGUCGUGCGGGCGUGUUUUAGCUGCGUGUGUGUCUGUUUGUGUUUCGGCGCUGCCACAGUUUCCUCCGGAAUGGCACCUGCUCGACAAGACUCACUGCUUACCACUCUCGUCGGCUGAAUUAUCUCAUCUGUGCUGGUUCCGGUGAAUGCGCUGUGUUCCGGGCGGGACCGCGAAGACAGAAAGAAGUUCAGCCAGCGGGGACGUCGUGAGAAUGUGGUGACAUUGGCGGAUAGUUAUGGUGCAAAAAGUGCUUUGAAGUUGGUGAAACAACGUGCUAGGAUACAAAUACUGUUCGGAGGAAUUUUUUCUGCUCUUUUCAUCAAAGGAUACAAUGUAGCGCCAGAACUGAGGAGGUUGAGGCUCUAAAGCAAGUCUUAAAAUGCGCUAAUUAUAGAUGAAGGAAACUCUCAAGGACGAGGCCGCGUAAAGCAUUCAUGAAGACGGUCUCCCUCUACGUCGCGUGGCUUACCUGCGCCCAUGCAGCGCAUGCAGCGCAUGCAGCGGCAUCGCUCGCAUCUGCUGGUUACGGCAGUGAGGAUGCCUGCAACAUCACGUUACCGUGGACUGUGUCGAGGAGUGCGUACGACGACGUUACGGACUCGAUUUUCGGAACUCUCAUGCAGUGUCCGCAACACUUACACGGUUGCUCAGAAGAACUCCUCAGCUGCAGUCCCGCCACGUACACGGCCACGUGUUCCUGCGCGCCAAACUGCCGGGCCUACAGGGACUGCUGCUGGAACGUCGCGUACCGGGAGCCGUCGGAGGCCGAGAUUCCCGAGAGUUCGUGCGUGGAGGUGCAAAUAGGCUCUUCGUGGAAGAAGUUCAUCUACGCGGUCACAGGCUGUCCGCCCGCGUGGCCCGAUGACGACGUCCGAGGGAGAUGCGAGAUGGCAGAAACGUUUAACGAUACAUUCUACCUCAUUCCUGCGACAAGCAUGAAGCACGUGACCUACAAGAAUGGCUUUUGCGCUCUCUGCAACGACGACAUCAUUAAUGCAACUUUUUGGAACGCAACCACUACAGGAGCUGUGGACCGUGUUCGAGUUGCCCUUCCAGACGUGGUCGAAAACCAACCGGCCCUUCACCUCAGGCCCUGCAACGAAGACGCGCCGUACGACAAUUGCACCCAAGCCGUACCGGAAUGGGUGUCACGCCGGUGCAAAACUUACUACGCGCCAGUAGAGAACGCCGAAGACCCGAGCGGCCAAAUAUACCGGAACGUCUACUGCGCCAUCUGCAACGGCGCUAACCUCUCCACCUUGACAUGCAGUCCGGCUCAGCAUCUAAGCAACGUCAGCGUGGUCAGUCGGAAGACAAACCUUUUACCUCCUGUCGCUGGCCCACCGAACCUGGCUGCGCUGUUCAAACCGGUUCUGAGGACGUCAGACUGUUACGUCGAACACGACGGUCACUGCUACAUCAAGUAUGCGCCGACCUUCUACAGUGCAAGAAGGAGGUCGGGCAUCGACAUUAAGGUCAACGAGACAACGACGUCGUCGCCAGAAACGCCAUUGCGUGAGCCGACGGGUCACUACAAGGUACACAACUACAUCACCGUCGUGUCCAUGUCUCUCUCCAUAUGCUGCCUCAUCAUGAAGGUCAUCGUGUUCUGCGUUUACAAGGAAGCCCGCAGUUUCUCGUCCAAGUGCACGCUGUGCCUCUCGGUCACGCUUCUCUUUACUCAGCUGUUAUUCUUGGUCACCAGCUGCCAACGUCUCCCCGGGGUAGCUUGCGCGAGCACUGCUGUGCUUAUUCACUACGGCUUCCUCUGCACUUUCCUCUGGACGACGGUGCUGUCGUUCGACAUCUGGAGGAGUGUUACCGCGGUGAAGCUCUCGUCUAUGCGUGAGAAAACCCUAGCAGCCUACGGCAUGUUUGCCUGGGGCAUGCCUACUAUCGUUGUUCUCGGGGCCGUCGCUGUUCAGGUGAUCGCGCCGUGGUCGAUCUUCUCUCCCAGCUACGGCAGCCCGACUUGUUGGAUCGGCACGUUCUGGGGCCUGGCUGUGUACUUUCUCAUUCCCAUGGCGACGCUUCUGUUGUUGUGCAUGUUCUUUUAUUUUUCGGCCGUGUUCUACAUUCGCACCACAUCCACUGCCGUGUGCCCUUCGCGCGAUGACUCAGAGCUCAGUGGAGCAGCACGAAGUCGAGCCAGGCAGCAGAGAAACAAUGCCGCGCUCUUUGCUCGUCUGGCUCUCAUCAUGGGCGCCGCUUGGGCAAUCGCAUUUCUUGGAACAUUUAUGCCUUACGAGGCAAUCGACUCGAUUGUUAACGCACUCGUCGGUUUGCAAGGGGCGUACUUGUUCUUCGCGUUCAAAGACUACCGCUACUUGUACUCGUCGAUGUCGACGCGGUGGAAGUCUAUGCCCCUCUACAGCAGCAGCCACAGGACAUCGAGCUUGGACGUCUCAUCUAAAAUGUCCCGCCUCUCCAGAUAGAUGUGACAGCAUUGCGUGAGAACUUUACAGUGGCAGUCCUGUGGCUAUCAUGCUUUAUGCCUCAGAUAGUUUGAUGUCGCCUAGCUAUAUCACCAUUCGACAUUGCCAGCGGUGAUCCCUGGAAUACCUGCCUAAAAUGUGUAAAUACACGGACAUGCAGUGCUUACGUUUCGAAACCAUUUAAAUGUGA